AUGAGCGGCGCUGCAAAAAGCGAGAAGCCGAAGCCGACGUUUCGACUGCUGCAAGUGCAUCCGCGCCGCAAGGAGAUAUCCGGGUCCGCGGACAUUCUCCGCCAGGCGGGGCUGGAGGGCCCCUACCAGGUGCUAUGCGAGCGCGCGCUUGCGCCGUCCGCGGUGGAAUCGGGAUGCCUUGCGCGGAUCCCCGGGGAGGUGGACAUCCGCCAAGGCCCGCGGAUGGAGCUGGCGGAAGUUCUCGACUCGAUUGGCCGCCCCGCGGACGACGGCGCGGGGGAGGGUGGCGGGGGGGGAGCGGGGGAAGGGUUGGCGCUGCUGCAACCGCUAGCGGUGGAUAUGCUGCUGCGCGCAUUCUCGUUCAGCGACAAAGCAGCCGUCGCUCUGCCCGAUGACAAUCUAGGCGGAGAGAGGGGUAUUGAGUGCGCGAGUUGGGCAAAUGGGGAAGGAGCGGAGAGGCAGUGGGCGGAGGUGGGCGGGGGAAGGCCGUUUGCUGCUGGAUGGGUUGAGGGCAAUGCUGGGAUGGUGGGGGAACAUGAAGGGCAUGGGAGCAGAGUUAUUGCCUUGCCUUGCCUUGCCUUGACCGCAUCACUCAUAACCCUCCUCUCGUUGGCAUGUUCUUCCCUUGCUACUCCCUCUGCUUCCCUUGCUACUCCCUCUGCUUCCCUUGCUACUCCCUCUGCUUCCCUUGCUGCUCCCUCUGCUUCCCUUGCUGCUCCCUCUGCUUCCCUUGCUGCUCCCUCUGCUUCCCUUGCUCUCUUGUAUGCGGCUGAUGCUCAUACAGACGGAACGAGGGAAGGCGACAAUAAGUCGAGAGACGGUGAGCGGCGGCAUAAAGAGAAGGAUAGGGAGAAGAAGGAGAAGGAUAGGAAGGAUAAGGAGAAGAAGGAGAGGGAGAGGAGAGAGAGGAAGGAGAGGGAGGAGGCGGAGAGGAGGGAGAAGGAGAAGGCGGAAGGGGUGAGGGUGAAAGGGGAUGAGAAGGAGAGGAAAGAGAGGGAAGAGAGGGAAAGGAGGGAGAGAGAAGAGCGGGAGAGGAAGGAGAGGGAGGAGCGGGAGGGGAAGGAGAAGGAGGAGAGGGAGCGGAAGGCACGGGAGGAAAAGGAGAAGGAGCGUGCAAAGGAAAGGGAGAGAGAAAAAGAGAAGGAGAGAGAACGGGAGCGUGAGAGAGUGAAGGAGAAAGAGAGGAAAGAGAAGGAGGUUGAGAAGAUACGAGAAGCAGGCAAACAACGAAUGGAGAAACCAGUGGAAGCAGCUGCUGCUGGUGGUGGUGCUGCUGGUGGGCCUGUCGUUUCUUCUGCUGCUGGUGGCGCUGGUGGCACGGGUGCUGGUGGUGGUGCUGCUGCCGGUGGUGCUGCUGGUGCUGGUGGCGGUGGAAUGCCGGCAGCUGGAGCAGCAGCAGGAGGAGGAGGAGCAGCAGCAGGAGGAGGAGGAGGAGGAGGAGGAGGAGGAGGAGGAGGAGGAGGAGGAGGAGGAGGAGGAGGGGACGAGGAGGAGGAGGAGGAGGAGGAGGAGGAGGAGGAGGAGGAGGAGGAGGAGGAGGAGGAGGAGGAGAGGGCGUGGAUCCGAAGAAGCUGA